UUUGCAUUGAAAAAAAUAUUCAAUCGGCUCGUAAUAAUAUUUGUGCAGUGUCUGUGUAUGUGCGCUCGCAAAGCGGCAAUAAAAUGUGCAAGUGUGCGACGAGAUAAAAGCCAAAUGUGAAUUGGAUAUCCGCAAGAAGCUAGACAAUAUGGAAACGCAGGAGCAGAAACUAUAAGACUUACACCAAAAUAAGUCACAUAAUAAAAGCAAUAAACGCUUGCAAAAUUUAAUACAUGCUACGGCGGUGCUAGUGCUGCUAAUUUAGGCAGAGGAGAGGGAGAGAGGUUUCAUCUCAGGGUGCCAGCAGCAGCAGCGGUAGCGGCGCGCUGCCAACAGGAAGAGGAAGCAUAAUCCACUCGUUCAUCCAGGCCACAAACAAAAUAUAAAAAGAAGAGCAAAAAGCACACAACAAAAACUAGAAAAUAAAUUAACUAUAAAUCUAGCUACAACUGUUAUAUGUUGUUGUACGUUCUUGGGAAACUAUUAAACGAGAAAUAGCAACAACACAAUGUAUCCCGCACCGGUGCGUCAUCCUGCCGCCGGGGGACCACCACCUCAGGGCCAAAUCAAAUUUACCAUUGCCGAUACGUUGGAACGCAUCAAGGAGGAGUUCAAUUUCCUGCAAGCCCAAUAUCACAGCAUCAAAUUGGAGUGCGAGAAACUGGCAAACGAAAAAACCGAAAUGCAGCGCCAUUAUGUUAUGUACUAUGAGAUGUCUUAUGGCCUUAAUGUGGAAAUGCACAAGCAAACGGAAAUCGCAAAGCGUCUAAAUACACUGAUUAAUCAGCUACUUCCAUUCCUACAAGCCGAUCAUCAGCAACAAGUGCUACAGGCGGUGGAGCGUGCGAAGCAGGUCACCAUGCAAGAGCUGAAUCUGAUCAUUGGGCAUCAGCAACAACAUGGGAUACAACAACUUUUACAACAAAUACACGCACAGCAGGUGCCGGGUGGGCCGCCACAGCCGAUGGGCGCUUUGAACCCAUUUGGAGCACUGGGCGCCACAAUGGGCCUGCCACAUGGGCCACAGGGUUUGCUGAAAGCGCCGCCGGAUCAUCAUAGGCCAGAUAUCAAGCCAACCGGCUUGGAGGGACCAGCAGGUGCCGAGGAGCGCUUGCGCAAUUCAGUUUCACCAGCGGAUCGUGAAAAGUAUCGCACACGCUCGCCACUGGACAUUGAGAACGAUUCGAAGCGUCGAAAAGAUGAGAAACUGCAAGACGAUGAAGGCGAGAAAAGCGAUCAAGAUUUAGUCGUAGAUGUUGCAAAUGAAAUGGAAUCGCACUCACCACGUCCCAAUGGCGAGCAUGUAUCAAUGGAAGUACAAGUACGCGACCGCGAAAGCCUGAACGGCGAGCGUCUCGACAAGCCUGGCAGCAGCGGCAUCAAACAGGAGCGUCCACCCUCACGCUCCGGCUCCAGUUCGUCGCGCUCCACACCCAGCCUCAAAACAAAAGAUAUGGACAAGCCGGGCACACCGGGUGCAAAGGCACGCACGCCGACACCAAACGCAGCAGCACCAUCUCAGGGCGCAAAUCCUAAGCAAAUGAUGCAACACGGUGGUCCGCCGCCAGCUGGUUAUCCAGCGUCGCCAUAUCAGCGACCGGCAGAUCCCUAUCAGCGUCCACCAUCGGAUCCCGCCUAUGGACGACCACCGCCAAUGCCGUACGAUCCCCAUGCGCAUGUACGAACAAAUGGCAUUCCACAUCCAUCGGCACUGACGGGUGGAAAGCCUGCUUACUCUUUCCAUAUGAACGGUGAGGGCAGUUUGCAGCCGGUGCCCUUUCCGGCGGAUGCCCUAGUAGGCGUGGGCAUACCUAGGCAUGCGAGGCAAAUAAAUACAUUAUCGCAUGGUGAGGUCGUCUGUGCGGUGACUAUUUCAAAUCCUACAAAAUACGUGUACACGGGCGGCAAAGGCUGCGUCAAAGUAUGGGACAUUUCACAGCCGGGCAAUAAGAAUCCUGUGAGUCAGCUGGAUUGCCUGCAGCGUGAUAAUUAUAUUCGCUCAGUGAAACUGCUGCCCGACGGACGCACACUAAUUGUCGGUGGUGAGGCGUCAAAUCUAUCAAUAUGGGACUUGGCCAGCCCUACGCCACGCAUUAAGGCCGAAUUAACCUCAGCGGCGCCCGCCUGUUACGCUCUCGCCAUCAGUCCUGAUUCGAAGGUGUGCUUCUCGUGCUGCAGCGAUGGCAACAUUGCCGUUUGGGAUCUGCACAACGAGAUAUUGGUGCGUCAGUUCCAGGGCCAUACCGACGGUGCCUCGUGCAUUGACAUCAGUCCGGAUGGCUCACGACUUUGGACCGGUGGUCUGGACAAUACGGUGCGCUCGUGGGAUCUACGCGAAGGUCGCCAACUGCAGCAGCACGACUUUAGUUCUCAAAUAUUCUCGCUUGGCUACUGUCCAACAGGUGACUGGCUGGCCGUGGGCAUGGAGAAUUCACAUGUGGAAGUAUUGCAUGCAUCGAAACCGGACAAGUAUCAACUGCAUUUGCACGAGAGCUGCGUCCUGUCGCUGCGAUUUGCCACAUGCGGCAAAUGGUUUGUUUCCACCGGCAAAGACAACCUGCUUAACGCAUGGCGAACACCAUACGGUGCCAGUAUAUUCCAGUCAAAGGAAACAUCAUCCGUACUUAGCUGCGACAUAUCAACUGACGACAAAUAUAUUGUGACGGGCUCAGGUGAUAAGAAGGCAACUGUCUACGAAGUUAUUUAUUAGAAAAACAAAUUAAAAGAACACCCAAGCAGAGGAAACCAACACACCUUUCAUUUUGUAAUAAGUGCAUAUAGGUUUUUAUUACAAUACACACACACAUAAACACAAAAACUAAAAAAAAUAUUAAAAAUCAACACUUAAUGUUUGAGAGAACA